AUGUCGUUCUCAAAUGCGAAAGUGCUCUCAUCCGAACCACUCGCAAACAGCGAAGCGGUGUGGACGAAAUUAGUCAAAAUCACCUACGACGACUGCAAGGCCAAGACGCGAUCAUGGGAAUCAGCCGAGCGCACGACGCGGCCCAAGAACGGCGAUAUCGACGGCGUGGGCAUCGUGGCUAUCCUAGAGAAGCCCACGGGUCCGGAGAUUGUUCUUCAGAGGCAAUAUCGUGCUCCCAUCGAUAAGAUCUGCAUUGAAGCCCCGGCGGGCCUUGUCGAUGAGGGGGAGACCACCGAGGAGGCUGCUAUCCGCGAACUGAAGGAGGAGACGGGUUAUGUUGGGAAGGUGUCAGAGACUUCACCUAUGAUGUUCAACGACCCGGGCUUCUGCAACACCAAUCUGCGGAUGGUCCACGUCACCGUCGACAUGAGCCUGCCGGAGAACCAGAACCUCAAGCCGGAACUAGAAGAGGAUGAGUUCAUCGAAGUCUUUUAUGUGCCGCUGACCGAUUUGUACGCGGAAUGCAAGAAGCUGGAGGCCGAGGGAUACGCCAUCGAUGCGCGGGUGGGGACGUUUGCCGAGGGCAUCGAAGUCGCCAAGCAGUUCAAAUUAUAG